UGGCUGAGUGUGCUUACGUGCACUCUCUGGUGUCUCCCAUUUCAUCUGGUAUCUGAUAGUGUAGAACCUAAAGAAGGUGAUAUUCUCCAAGCUGUCUUUCCUCGGCUCCUUAAUUGUAGAAAUUCCUUACCUGUUUACCUGUGCAUGGAACUCUAUCCACUGACCCCUUGCCAAGUAGAUUUUAAUGAGCUACCUUUCAAAAAAAAAAAAAAAAGAGCCUUUAUUGUCCUAACGGCAGUUUUUGGCUCCUGAACAGUGGUCUCUUUCUUUAAUGAAAGAAUCAAUAUCUCUUACUCUCUCCCUCUCCUUCCUUUUAUUCCAAAGGAGCCAAAAACCUGUAAGUCCCCUUGAUUUGCUCCCCCCCCCUCUACCAAGUCCUCUCUGUGUCCUUAAUCUGGAGACUGCUGGACGGCGAGCACUUAAAGCAUAUUGGAGCGUUAAGACGUAUAGACUCUGUGGCUGGAUUUCUCAGAAAAGUCUGCAUCCCUCAGGACUUCGCGUAAAAAGGCCUCCUUAUGGCUCUGCAGGUGCUGGGCAUCACACUGUCUAUGAUUGGCCUGGCUGGCACCAUCAUCAUCUGCGCCUUGCCCAUGUGGAAGGUGACAGCAUUUGUGGGCACCAACAUCGUGGUGGCGCAGGUCUUCUGGGAGGGCCUGUGGAUGACCUGCGUGUACGAGCACACGGGCCAGAUGCAGUGCAAGCUGUACGACGCUCUGCUAGACCUGGACCCUACACUGCAGGCCUCACGUGGCCUCGUGGUCACCACCAUGGCACUUGCAUGUCUCGGGUUCCUCAUCUUCCUUAUGGGAGCCGAGUGCACCAACUGUCUCAGCAAUCCACGGGCCAAGGCUAGGAUCGUGGUGGCAUCAGGGAUCACUUUCAUGCUCUCGGGGCUUGGCACCGCGAUUCCCGUUUCCUGGACGGCUGACACCAUUAUCAGGGAUUUCCAUAACCCUAUAGUGCAUGAGGCUCUGAAAAGAGAGAUGGGUGCUGCCAUAUAUGUGGGCUGGGUGACGGCCGGGUUCUUGUUCAUCGGUGGGGCAAUUCUCUGCACCAGCUGCCCACCAGAGAGGGUCAAGCAUUUCUCCAGGUAUACGGCAACAAAGUCAGGCACACAAAGCAGCUAUGCCUUCAAGAACUAUGUGUGAGUUUAAGACAUGUCCACUUCGUCGAACCAAUGACCAAAAUGAACAUGCCUUCAUGUUACAAAAGGACAUCCUUAAAUGCUGCCAAAUGUCACGCGAUCAGUUUCUUCAGAUCUAAAAAUCUUUUGUUUUGUGCCAUGUAUAAUAAUCACUGUGGUUGAAAUCGGUCAGUUUUAACUUAUUUGUUUUUUUACACUCAUGCCUUUUGAUGAAACCAUAUUAAACAGCCUGAUGAAUGUACUUUUCUGGAACAAAUUAAAAGUCCAUAUGUAUUCAUUUAAAAAAAAAAUCCAAUUCAUUUAAUAGACCUACAUUAUUUAUCUGGUGUUAUUUUUAUGUCAUGACUGCAUGUCUACUGACAAAUCCAUAUGGCAAAUACAAAACCCAAUACCUGUGUUGAAACCUUGUUUUUCAGUGGCUGUGGCAUAGAAUUAUUUCUAAACAGUAGUAACUUUUUCCUUUUUUUGUAGAAUAAACUUGAAUCCUUGUAUGUGAAUUAUUUUGAUGUGCGGUUAGAUUUGGAAUAUCAGUACAAAUUUAAUUUGUCACUGAUAGUAUUAAAAACUGAUAGUAUUACCGUUGUUUUAUGUUGAAAAGUCUGAUUUUUUUACACAUAUUAAAACCCUUGUUUACUCAGUUUACAGCCAUGAUAUAGCUUCUACUGUUUUUCAUGAAGUAUAAAAUGAAUGUUCUUUGUUAGCAACUUCCUGGUACACACCUUUAACGUGUGCUUGUGUUCCCAUU